UCCGACUUCCAUUAAUUUUAUCAUUUUUGACCUUAUAAACUAGUCAGAAACAAGGCUUUUUUUAAGAAAAAUAAAAAUAUUAAAAGAUCAAAUUAAUAGAUACGCAAAAGACAACAAUCUUUAAAAAAGAAAAAUUAUUUCAACACAAUUCAAAUGUUUAAUAUAUUGUAAUAUGUGCAGUGCUGUAACAGACUCAUUGUCAGAUUCGCAUAAUGAGCAGACGUUGAGGUUGAAGGAACUAAAACUACUAACCUAGACCUUCAAAAUUAUGUUGGACAAGUUCUUAGCAGGGAAACUUGUUUAUAGUGAAUUCCGGCGCAACAUCGGACACUUUAUUUAAGGGACACUCUGUUACUAGUGGCUUUUACUUGUGUUAUCAGUAUUUUUGCAUCAUGAAUGGAAUUAAAACGAACAGUCACAAACCGCCGAACUUAUUUACUAAUCAGUUGAGGGAUUUGGCACACAUAAUUGUAGAUUUUUUCAUAUUGAUGGGCUAUGUUGUUUUCUACAUAGGAGAGACAAUUUUUAAAACCAUAUUCCCAGCACAGCUUAAAUCAGUGGAGAAUGAAAUAGUACUAAUUACUGGUGCUGGACAUGGAAUUGGAAAAGAAUUGGCACUACUGUAUGCAUCUAAAGGGGCAAAAGUUGUUUGCUGGGAUAUUAAUUCAGAAACCAAUAGUCAAACUGCCAAAGAAAUUGAAGCACUUGGAUAUGCCAAAGCUUCAGCCUACAUGUGUGACAUAUCGAACAGAAAAGAUGUUACAAAUACGGCCAAGAGGGUCAUAGAAGAAGUAGGAGACGUCACAAUAAUUAUAAACAAUGCAGGAAUCAUGCCAACCCACACCUUAGAGGAGCACACUGAAACUGAAAUCGAUCGCAUCAUGAAAAUAAACGUCUAUGCACACUUUUGGAUCAUUCAAGAGUUCCUUCCUGGCAUGAAGAAACUGAACCACGGACAUAUUGUGGCAUUAUCAUCCAUGGCUGGUUUAAUAGGAUUAAGAAAUUUGGUGCCAUAUUGUGCAUCGAAAUUUGCCGUAAGAGGUCUCAUGGAAGCGUUGAAAGAAGAACUUAGACAGGAGAAUUAUAAUAUUAUGACCACGACGGUUUACCCAUAUAUGGUGAACACAGGGCUUUGUAAGAAGCCAUUUAUUAAAUUUCCCUCUUUAAUGCCACUUUUGGAACCGAAGGACGUUGCCCAGUGUAUAAUGUCAGCUCAAAGAAGAGAUGUAUUUCAUGUGACAAUUCCAGAUUAUUUACUGUUUCUAAAUAAUUAUGUCAGGUUGCUUCCAGUGAAGGCAGGCUUGAAGCUGAAGGAUUUCAUCGAUUCGGGCGUGGAAUCUGAUCUAUAAUCGAAAAUGUUUAGGGUACAUAAAAAUUACUAUUCAUCACACUUAAAUUUGAUUUACAAUAGAUAUUUUUUCUUUAAAUGUGCAAUUAAUACUUAAAUUAGAAUAAAAUCAUAUUGUUUUUUUACGUAACAUUUUGUAAUUAGGUUUUUGUAUUUAAAUGGAAGAGUAAUAAUUAUUAUCUUAUCAGAAUUGUAAAUUGAAUUUUGUAAUUUAUUCAUAAUAUGCAUUAAUAAACGAUAGUUUUCUCAUUA